GACGGGAUAUCGCCGUGUGUGAGUGUGCUGUCGGUCGCUGAAAGGUUUGCUUGCUUCAUCGCAGACUUGGCUGCGAAAAUCGUUUCGCAUUCAUUCGAAGCUUCAGUCGAUUCGAGAAUUUUGGCAAUUAGUGCAGUGGAAAUUAGAGAAGUGUGUUGAUUUGAUCGGUGGCAGGACUACAGUGCUCACGGGCGCGAGUGAACAGUUUGCAAGGACGCGAAAAAUUUCUGGGAAAAUUGCGCCCCGGUGGCUCCAGAGUCGCACUCUCCAUCGCUCCCCAGUUGGCCUGCCUUGGGGCUCCUUUUCGCGGUUUGCCUGUGAGAUUGAGUUGCGUUUAUAUGGAUCAAUUCAGUAUUCUUCAGUUCUCCUUUUGUUUUGAUUACUAUGGAACGACGGACUUUUAGGUUUUUAACGAAAAGGCCGGAACACUUGAAUAGCAUUCAGCGAAGAGAAGAGGAGAAAUCAUCGGAGUUCGGAGGGGCUGUCACGGCAGUCAGUAUUCACAACAAUAACAACGGCAACAGCAACAACAAAGCAGUUUCCUCGUCGUCAACGUCAUUUACCACGAGUUUCCCGUUGAAAGACAAUUCGAAUAUUCAAUACGUCCGGGUCUCGACGUCUGGCUGUCAGGGUGAAACGAUUUACGAAACGUCUACGGCCCCGCUCAAGUUCACCACUUCGCAAGCAUCGUCAGAAUGUCAAUUGGUGAAUGCACCCCACUCCCAAUCGCAGUCCCAAUUGUCAGCUAAUCAGACGACCAAUUCAAGAUUAAGUGAAUCGCAAAAGCAAGUGUUAAAUACGGAGUCUUCGGCAGGUGUGACGGUGUCCACUUCGGUUACUACGUCGUCUGCGUCAUCGGGAGGAUCCUCGGGAUCGCAUCUUAAGUGCUUGGAAACACUGGCCCAGAAAGCUGGUAUCACGUUCGACGAAAAGUACGAAGUUGCCAGUACUCUCCUCACGCUGGAGAAGGCACAGAGUCCGGCACAGGUGGCCGCGGCAGCGCAAGCCCCUGUUCCUAUUCAAUUUUCGCAGGAGCAGCUCCAACAACUUCAUCAACUGCAGCUGCAACAAGCCUUUACAACAAAUGCCAUUCAGGUCAAACAAGAGUUCCCCAGCCAGACUCAAAUGGCUCAGGCUGCUGCCGGCGGGAUUGGGGGCGAAAUCAAGCAGCAGCUGGUUGACCACGGCCAGGGUCAAGUGCAGCAAAUGCAGGUUAUCGACGGGACUGCGCCCCAGAGUCCCCAUCAUACUCCCAACAGUACAGCAAUGGCCCAGCCGCAGCAUUCAACAACGACAAUAAGUACUAUGUCGCCGCUUCAACCGGAUUGGAGCCACGGUCGACUUCAAGUCGUCUCGAACCCGAGCUACUUGAACCAAAUCUAUCCCCAACUGCUGAUGUCGAUGCCUGGCUCAAUAGGACAACAACCGAUACAAGUUAUAACAACGGGAAAACCAUUCCAAGGCGGCCAAAUAGCCAACCAGGUCCUCGCUCACAGCAAACCAAUGCUAACCAGUGCUACAGGCAAUAUAAAUGGUGCUUACACAAUCCCAGCAAUACCUUCAAGUCAACCUCAGACGCUAUUCUUUAGUCCACUAAAUGUGCUUAGUUCUCAGCCGCAACAACAGCAACCGAACCUGAUCCCAACCAUGGCAGCUCCAGCGGCCAGUCAAAAAACUCAAACGCAUCAAGACGUCCAGAAAAAUCUGCAAGGGCAGAAGGUACUUCAAAAAGUCGGUCAGGCCAACACUAUGACUACGAAUCCGGCUAGCAGUCCGCAAUCGACACAGCAAUGUAUGCAGGUUUCACAAGCAACGAUACCAGCUGCACAGCUUAUUAGUCCUUUGCAACAAGCUGGCUCGCAACAGAUGCAAUUUGCCCCGGCGCCGUGGUUUUCGAGUGCACAAUUUUGGCCGAAUAGUAUACAAUCUCAAACACUGCUGGCUCAGCAACCACUGAUUUUACGAGGUACUCAUCCGGAUGGAUCACAAGGAAUGCUGAUUUCACAAGCACCCGCCGGUACAAAUCAAACUAUGCAAGCAGCUGCUGCACAACAACAGCAUAAUCAAACUGUAUCACUACCUGUAUCGCAAACUAUAACAAAACCACGACAACAAAUGGAUGCUUUGGCACCCAAACAGCCAGUUCGGGCGCCACCAAUUCUACCUCAAAACGGUCCACCUUUACGGCCUGCCAGUUCGGUAUCUACGCAAACCGCACAAAAUCAAACUUUGAUGAAUCAUCAAAAACAGAGUAAGAUGCGGAAUAAACAGCAACCUGUGCGUCCAGCAUUACCGGGCAUUAAAGCUGAUGCUUCCAAUCAAACGAAAACGGCUUUGGCUGCUAUUCAACAACAACAGCCGCAGCAACAGAAACAAACAAUGCAUCUAGUGGAAACACCAAUUGGAAGCAAAAUGGUUGUGAUGCAGCAAAGUCAAGGGGACAAACAACAAACAGUUCAAAUUCAACAAAUGAAGCAACAACAUCAACAACAAGCUAUCAUUCAACAGCAACAACAGCAAAUUCUCAUGCCUCAAACCGCUGCCAACCAACAAAUACUCCAGCAGCAAAUUGCUCAACAUAUUCAAUUACAACAAAAUCAGCAGCUUCAGCAACAUCAAACCACCCUUCAGACAGCUCAGCAAACACAAUUUAUAACACAGCAACAACAGCAGCAACAAAUCCAAAAUCAGCUUAUCCAGCAACAACAACAGCAAGCUCAAACACAAGUCUUACAGCAUCAGCAGCAAGGACAGCCUGGUAUAAUUCAUCAAAUCGUUGUACAGCAACAGCCCCAAGUUAGUCAGCAACAGGUUGCUCAACAACAACAGCAAAUGGCUCAACAACAAGCUGUACAACAGCAGCAACAGCAACUUCAGCAGCAGCAAGCCCAAGCGCAUGCGGCUCAACAACAGGCUCAGCAACAAGCCCAGCAGCAAGCCCAACAACAAGCUCAACAGCAGGCUCAACAACAGGCGCAGCAGCAAGCGCAACAGCAACAGCAGCAACAACAGCAACAGCAGCAGCAGCAGCAACAAUUACAGCAACAGCAAACGCCACAAGUCGUUGUGACAAACGUUCCUGUUUCUGUAUCUGCGAAUAUACAACAUAUCAACUUCCAAGCAAAACAGACAGUGAACUUGCCUCAAAAUAUGGAAAGACAAACUGCCGUAUCCAUUGUACAAUCCUCGCCAUCCACCCAGAGUAAUUCCACCCUAACUACGCAGUCGGCGCAUAUGAAUGGGUUAGCCACGUCUACGAGUAUGGUUGGAACUACCUUGGCAUCUCCUCAGCCUUCUGUUACAUUGCAAUCUCCUCAAAACCCUCUGCUGGCCAUGUCUACUCUCACAACCACCGCUCUUCCAACUUCAAUCAACAGUGGGAGUCCUGUGAGUACUCCUGUCAAAACGCAAGAACAGAAAGUUUCAGAAGCAACGCAAUCUCCUACACCAGCUCUUCCGACCAGUUCUACCCCCACCGCUAGUACGGAGCUUAGCUCGUCAACUUCAAUUGUAAAUAGUACAGCGACGGAUACUAGCGAAAUUCCUUUGGCUGCUACAACGGUAUCUACAAAUGUGGUUGCAGCGCCUGUUAAAAAUGACACUGAAACAACAACGUCAUUGACGGCAGCGACAACUACAACAAAUGGCGAUUUAACGAAAUCAGAUGCGCCUGAGCCAAUGGACACAACUCCUGCGCCAGAUGGUGAAAGUAACGUAAAAGAUUCCGAAAAAGCCAGUGUGGAAAGCGGCAAAGAGAAACAGAACGAGGAAAUUAGCUUGAAAAAACCUCAGAGCACAAAUGUACCUAAAGCUGAGAAGGAUUUGCCCAAGGCGAUGAUUAAACCGAACGUCUUGACGCAUGUUAUAGAGGGAUUUGUCAUACAGGAAUCGAAUGAGCCGUUUGCAGUGACGAGACAAAGAUAUGCGGAGAAGGACAGCUUGGGAGAACCACCCAAGAAAAAAUCAAAUAUCGAAGAAUCAUCUACACCAGCGGUAAUCCCACCAGAUUCAGUGGCCUGCGAGCACUGCGGAAAGUACGAGCAUCGAUCAAAACUCAAGAAGAAGCGUUUCUGCUCACUAACAUGUGCUCGGGCCCCGAAGAAUUCUCCUGCCGAAUCAAACACCGACAAUUCAACGACUCAACCAGACGAAUCUGUUCCAAUGAAAACCGUAAAUGCUGUUACUUCGGAAGCUACGCCAUCUCUGGAGAAGGUUGCAACCACAACGGAAACGGCACAAAAACCGGAAAGUGGAUCUGAUCUUCCUCUGAUGAUUCAAUGGACGGUGUCCGAUGUUUGUGAAUUCAUUAAGAAUAUUCCUGGAUGCAGUGAUUAUGCUGAAGAAUUUGCUGCCCAGGAAAUCGACGGUCAAGCGCUGUUGCUGUUGAAUGAUAACCACCUUGUGACGACGAUGGGGGUGAGGUUAGGACCUGCUUUGAAGAUUGUCGCGAAAGUGCAGUCGAUGAAAGAAGGCGUUGAGGAAAGAGAGCAGCAGUAGAAAUUGUAAUUUUAAUGAAAUUUUAGAAAUGAAGAUGAAUGAAGGAUGAUUGUAAAUAGUAUUAAGUGCAUAAGGUGUUUAUGGGGGAGAUGUAAGGGUCAAUAUUUAUUUCUUGUAAAUAUAAUUAAGUCUUAAGUAGUUCGUAAUCGCGUUGAUACGAAUAACCGAUGCAAUUCUUUUAAGAUAGACUGUAUAAAUGGAUAAGUAAAUAGGUUUUUAAUCCUAUUGUAAAUAGCGGUCGAUUUAAGAACUAUUUUAAGUGGUUUUAUAAAAGUAAAUACAUUGAACUGAUUAUUUGAUAUA